AUGGAUGACAAAGAGACUUUAACUUCUCUACGAACAACAGUACUAGAAAAAUAUAAAACACUAUCUAACGAAUUACAUACAUUAGAUGACACUUUAAAACAAAUAAUCAAAGAAGAAAAUGAGAGUGAAGAACAUACAACUAUAAACGAUAAAAUAACACCAGAUGAAUUGUUAAAACUUAUACGGGAAUUAGAGUUGAAAAUAUCUGUUGCCGGCACACUAGUAAAGGGAAGUGUCUAUUCAUUAAUACUCCAAAGAUAUUCACAGAACAAUCAAGGAAACAAAAAGUAA